AUGAACAAAAUUCAGAAAAUCAACGACAAAGAACUACAAAGUGGAAUUCUUAGCCCGAGUCAAUCAUGGCAUAAUGAAUAUAAAGAUACUGCCUACAUAUAUAUUGGGAAUCUCAACAGAGAAUUAACAGAAGGUGACAUAUUGACAGUAUUUUCUGAAUAUGGAGUGCCUGUAGACGUAAUUCUUAGUAGGGAUGAAAACACAGGAGAGUCACAAGGUUUUGCCUAUUUAAAAUAUGAGGACCAACGGUCAACGAUUCUGGCGGUCGAUAAUUUAAAUGGAUUUAAAAUUGGUGGCAGAGCCCUGAAAAUCGAUCAUACCUUUUAUAGGCCAAAAAAUAGUUUACGAAAGUACUAUGAAGCUGUAAAGGAAGAGUUAGAUCGAGAUAUAAUUUCGAAGGACAAUGCUAAGAAAGUCAUUGUAUUGGCUAAAAACGAUCAAUCAGGAUAA